GGGAGGUUCGCUCCGCGGAGCCGCAGCCAGGACCGGGACCAGGAAUCGCUUUCAGCCCUAUUUGGUGCAUCUUUGGCAGAAAGUGAGGAGGAAAACAUUCCCAUCGUUCUUUGGCAUGGACACAGGUUCAGUGGGAGGAUUAGAAUUGACUGACCAGAAUCCUGCUUUAUUAGGGAACACAGCCAUGGCAACUAGUCUCACGAAUGUAGGAAAUUCAUUCAGUAGUCCAUCUAAUCCUUUAGUUUCUAGAUCUAAUAAAUUUCAAAACUCAACAGUGGAAGAUGAUGAUGAUGUUGUUUUUAUUGAACCUGCACAACCUCCUCCAUCUUCUGCACCAGUGGUAGCUGAUCAAAGAACUAUAACAUUUACAUCGUCAAAAAAUGAAGAACUACAAGGAAAUGAUUCUAAAACUCUUCCUUCCUCCAAAGAAUUGGCUUCUCAAAAAGGAAGUGUGAGUGAGACAAUUAUCAUUGAUGAUGAAGAGGACAUGGAAACAAAUCAAGGACAAGAGAAAAACUCCUCUAAUUUUGUUGAAAGGAGACCUCCUGAGGUUAAAAACAGAACCAGUGAUGUGGAUUUCUCCACUUCAAGUUUUUCAAGAAGUAAGGUAAAUGCAGGAAUGGGUAAUAGUGGUAUCACCACAGAACCAGACUCUGAAAUUCAGAUUGCUAAUGUUACAACAUUAGAAACAGGUGUAAGCUCUGUGAAUGAUGGCCAAUUAGAAAGUACUGACGGACGUGAUAUGAACUUAAUGAUUACACAUGUAACAUCACUGCAGAAUACCAACUUGGGAGAUGUCUCUAACGGACUGCAGACAAGUAAUUUUGGUGUUAAUAUACAAACAUACACCCCAUCUUUAACUUCACAGACCAAGACUGGAGUAGGACCUUUUAAUCCUGGUAGAAUGAAUGUGGCAGGAGAUGUAUUUCAGAAUGGAGAAUCUGCAAGUCAUCAUAAUCCUGAUUCUUGGAUUUCCCAGUCAGCUUCAUUUCCCCGUAAUCAGAAACAACCAGGGGUGGAUUCUUUAUCACCAGUGGCCUCACUUCCUAAACAGAUUUUCCAGCCUUCUGCCCAACAGCAACCCACUAAACCAGUUAAAGUCACUUGUGCAAACUGCAAAAAACCUUUGCAGAAGGGACAGACAGCUUAUCAACGAAAAGGAUCAGCUCACCUCUUUUGUUCUACCACCUGCCUUUCUUCCUUUUCUCACAAGCCUGCUCCAAAGAAACUCUGUGUUAUGUGUAAAAAAGAUAUAACUACAAUGAAAGGAACCAUUGUUGCUCAAGUGGAUUCAAGUGAGUCCUUCCAGGAAUUCUGUAGUACAUCUUGUUUGUCACUCUAUGAAGACAAACAGAAUCCUACUAAAGGAGUUCUAAAUAAAUCAAGAUGUACAAUCUGUGGUAAACUGACAGAGAUUCGCCAUGAAGUUAGCUUUAAAAAUAUGACACAUAAGCUCUGCAGUGACCACUGCUUUAAUAGAUACAGAAUGGCAAAUGGUUUAAUAAUGAAUUGCUGUGAACAGUGUGGAGAGUACUUGCCCAGCAAAGGUGCUGGAAAUAAUGUUUUGGUGAUUGAUGGUCAGCAGAAAAGAUUUUGCUGCCAAAGUUGUGUCAGUGAAUACAAACAGAAAUAUGGAAAACUGACAACUUGUACUGGUUGCCGAACACAGUGCAGGUUUUUUGAUAUGACUCAGUGCAUAGGUCCUAAUGGAUAUAUGGAGCCAUAUUGUUCAACUGCUUGCAUGAACAGUCACAAGACAAAAUAUGCAAAACCACAAAGUUUGGGAAUUAUUUGCCAUUUUUGUAAGCGAAACUCUUUACCUCAAUACCAAGCCACAAUGCCUGAUGGAAAACUGUAUAACUUUUGCAAUUCCAGUUGUGUGGCUAAAUUUCAGGCUCUAAGUAUGCAGUCAUCUCCAAAUGGUCAGUUUGUGGCUCCAAGUGAUAUUCAGUUGAAAUGCAAUUACUGCAAAAAUUCCUUUUGUUCAAAGCCAGAAAUCCUGGAGUGGGAGAACAAAGUGCAUCAGUUCUGCAGCAAAACUUGUUCAGAUGACUAUAAGAAGUUGCAUUGCAUAGUUACAUAUUGCGAAUACUGUCAAGAGGAGAAGACUCUUCAUGAAACAGUAAAUUUCUCUGGCGUUAAGAGACCUUUCUGUAGUGAAGGUUGCAAACUAUUAUAUAAACAGGAUUUUGCAAGACGUUUAGGAUUGAGAUGUGUUACUUGCAACUAUUGCUCUCAGCUCUGCAAGAAGGGAGCGACUAAAGAACUUGAUGGUGUUGUGAGAGAUUUUUGCAGUGAAGAAUGCUGCAAAAAAUUUCAGGAUUGGUACUAUAAGGCUGCAAGGUGUGACUGUUGUAAAUCUCAAGGAACUCUUAAAGAGCGAGUGCAGUGGCGUGGAGAAAUGAAACAUUUCUGUGAUCAACAUUGCUUGCUACGUUUCUACUGUCAGCAAAAUGAGCCCAACAUGACAACUCAGAAAGGACCUGAAAACCUGCAUUAUGAUCAGGGUUGUCAAACAUCCCGAGCCAAAAUGACAGGUUCAGCACCACCUCCUUCUCCAACACCUAACAAAGAGAUGAAGAACAAAGCAGUUCUUUGCAAACCUCUAACAAUGACAAAAGCUACUUAUUGUAAACCUCACAUGCAGACCAAAUCUUGUCAGACAGAUGACAGUUGGAAGACAGAAUAUGUUCCAGUGCCUAUUCCAGUGCCUGUGUAUAUUCCAGUACCAAUGCAUAUGUACAGUCAGAAUAUUCCCGUUCCUACUACAGUUCCUGUUCCUGUGCCAGUUCCUGUUUUUCUGCCAGCCCCAUUGGAUAGCAGUGAGAAGAUCCCUGCAGCAAUUGAGGAGCUAAAAAGCAAAGUUUCCUCAGAUCCUCUUGAUGCAGAACUUCUCACAAUGACAGAUAUGAUGGCUGACGAUGAGGGAAAAACAGAAGCUGCCAACAUAAACAGUGUAAUCAUUGAAACAGAUAUAAUUGGUUCAGAUCUUUUGAAGAAUUCUGACCCAGGGAUGCAAUCCAACAUGCCUGACAUACCAUAUGAACCAGAUUUGGAUAUUGAAAUAGAUUUUCCCAGAGCUGCUGAGGAGCUUGAUAUGGAAAAUGAAUUUUUAUUACCACCUGUUUUUGGAGAAGAAUAUGAGGAACAGCCUAGACCUCGAUCUAAAAAAAAGGGAGCAAAGAGAAAAGCUGCAUCAGGAUACCAGUCUCAUGAUGAUAGUUCUGAUAAUUCAGAAUGCAGUUUUCCUUUCAAAUAUGCGUAUGGUGUAAAUGCAUGGAAACAUUGGGUCAAAACUAGGCAACUUGAUGAAGAUCUUCUGGUAUUAGAUGAACUAAAAUCUCCUAAAUCAGUAAAGUUGAAAGAGGAUCUACUCUCUCAUACCACGGCUGAGCUUAACUAUGGGUUAGCCCAUUUUGUCAAUGAGAUCCGACGACCUAAUGGAGAGAAUUAUGCACCUGACAGCAUCUAUUAUCUUUGUCUUGGAAUACAGGAGUAUUUGUGUGGUAGUAAUCGAAAAGAAAACAUAUUUAUUGAUCCAGGAUAUCAGACAUUUGAGCAAGAAUUGAAUAAAAUACUCCGAAGUUGGCAGCCAAGCAUACUUCCAGAUGGGUCAAUAUUCUCUCGAGUUGAAGAAGAUUAUCUCUGGAGGAUAAAACAGCUAGGAUCACACUCUCCAGUAGCUCUUCUGCACACUCUGUUCUACUUUAACACUAAGUAUUUUGGCCUGAAAACAGUGGAACAACACUUAAGACUUUCCUUUGGCACUGUGUUUAGGCAUUGGAAAAAAAAUCCUUUAACGAUGGAAAACAAAGCAUGUCUUAGAUACCAAGUGUCUUCCUUAUGUGGAACAGAUAAUGAAGAUAAAAUUACUACUGGAAAAAGAAAACAUGAAGAUGAUGAGCCAGUAUUUGAACAAAUUGAAAACACAGCUAAUCCUUCUAGAUGUCCCGUGAAAAUGUUUGAAUGCUACUUGUCUAAAAGUCCACAGAACCUUAGUCAGAGAAUGGAUGUUUUUUAUUUGCAACCAGAGUGCUCUAGUUCUACAGAUAGCCCUGUCUGGUACACAUCUACUUCACUGGACCGAAACACCUUGGAAAAUAUGCUUGUACGGGUUCUUUUAGUAAAAGAUAUUUAUGAUAAAGACAAUUAUGAACUGGAUGAAGACACAGACUAA